CCUGAUCCUAUCUGAUCCCCCAAGGGGGCGCCCCGCGAUCAGCCAUGGAGCGAAUGAUCAGCGCGGCCUCCUAUGUGGCCACUUCGCUAGCCAUGACGUCGCUGACGAAAUAUGCGGCUUCGGCCUGGCACUUCCCGGGCUCCUCACUGCUGCUGCUGAUCGAAUGCUGGGCCACCGUGCUAUGUUUGGCCAUGUCAUCCAAAAAAGGAGCCUACCAGCCCUUCACGGGACAAAUUUUGAGACACAUGCCCUUGGUGACAAUCACCAAGGCUGUAAACAUGUAUUUGAGCUUUCUGGCCAUGAAACGGACCAGUUUGCCAGUCUACAAUGUGCUGAAGCGCCUCCAACCCGUUUAUGCCUUGCUUCAAGAUGGCUUGAUCCGAGGAAGCCGGCCCAAUGUCGGCGAAACAUGGGGGGUGCUGCUCAUUUCCAUCGGCACCGUGGUCACUGGGCUGGGGGAUUUGGAUUUCGAUUUUGGGGGCUACGGCCUCGCGUUGAUGGCCGCCGCCUGUCAGUCCUUAUAUCUGGUUCUAGCGAGAAAUGCCCAAGAUCAGGGGCAUUUGUCGUCCAUGGAUUUGGUCUUCUACACAGCCUUCUACAACUCGGUCUUGUUUGUGCCGCUCACAAUGAUGGAACUGAGUGAAGUGAUGAUUUUCCUACAAAAACCCGGGGAGGUCCCACACUUCUUCCAGUUCUUGAUGCCCUAUGUCAUCUUGGGAGCUGUCUUGAACUAUGCCACCUUCUGGUGCACAGCUGUGAACAAUCCAUUGUCCACCGCCGUGGCUGGAACAUUGAAGGGGGUGCUCUCAUCCGUGGCUGGCAUGAUGAUGUUUGGGGUGAGACUCACACUGCUUGGAUGGUUAGGCUUGAUCACCAGCACGGUGGGUGGCUUCGUAUAUUCCAUUGCCCAUUCCAAGAAGCCCAAGAAAAUAUGAAGAAAUUUGAAGACACAUCAGAAAUGCAUGCUAAAAUUGCUAAAUGCCUAGCAAACAUAUGACUCAACACAAGUCAUAUAAGUCACAACUUCGAACAUCGGAGGUGCCGUUGAUCCAGUUCGGCGGGAAAAAA